AACGAUGCUGGCGCUCAAACAUUUGGUGUUCUGCCUAAGCGUUUCUGCGGCAUACGCCGACGUAGAGUUUCAAAGUUGGAAGAGACCGCCGGACAACAAUCCUGACCUGAACAGAAAAAACCUUGGUGCGAUGCAGGACGCGUGGAAGACAAUCAAGAGUAUGGCGAACCAGAGCUAUUAUCUCAUUUAUAGUAGCGGGUUGGGGACCGAAAAACAUUACAGAGAUCUUACUUGUCUUCAAGUGCAAACAAGUGACCUCAAUUACACACUGAAGAGCGCUACAUACACAUCAAAAUGGUACGACACAAAGUCUAAAACAAUGAAAACAAAAACACAAUUUGUUCAAGCUGUAAAACAAAGGGAUUAUAGUAUUGAAAAUAAUAUGCAACUGGGCCAGCCUAAGAGUAAAGCCACAUCACCAAAGGGAAGCUGCUACGAUCUCAUUUUCAACUUCUUCUGCAAGUCACUAGGCUGCAUUAUAUAUCACCCGGAAUGUUGGCGAAAAUUCUACACGACAUAUUCAGAAAAAUACGUGAUAUUCAGCAAUUCCUUUUGUCAUAUAACGAGAUCACUGCAAAAUGACAACGACUAUGCAUCUUGCGAAUUCUGGUUGAGAGAAGAUUUGUUAAACAAUGUGACCAUUCCCCAAGCCAAUACAAGAGCAGGAAGCGAAGCAACCGAGGAAAAGAAGAAGGAAUUGGACAGUUCGAGUAAAACUACGUAUUUGUAUGAUUCCUUAUUUAAGGAACUUCCGUCCAGCUGUCGAUACGCAUUUAUUCUCAACUGCGGAUAUCCGACACACCGAUUUUAUGACAAGGAAGAUUGCGACAAGAUAGAUAAAACAGAUAACGCCGCAUAGUGUGACGUAAACGCAAGCAAUUAGCACAAUAAUUUCAACAAAUACACUUCCCGUCUCUGUAUCGGACAUCGCGCUCAAACCAUCUUUCACGUGUCUUUGAACGUUGUCUUUUGUUGCUCCGUAAAUCAGAACCAGUACAGUAUCUAAGACAGCCAUUUAAACACUGCGGAGGAUUUCGGGCAACUGCAGAAAGCAGCAGGACUUUGUGCCGUGUAAUAUCUCCGGAAGAAUUCUUGCAGUCUCCUGUGCUUGAAAAAAUACUA